CUUGAGCUCACCGGUCCAGAAUCGAGGAAGAUUCCUCAGGGGUCAUGCGUUUUCAACAUGGCGAUAUGCAUGUUGGUAACAUAACAGUGAGGGUAGAGGAAUUCGUCCUUUUUUCCAUUGACUGAAAACUAAAGACAGCAAGGAGGCUCAGGAAACGUCGGACACUUUGUUUUAACAUAACGUACAUACAGAUGAAUUAAAAAUGUCUUUCAUUGGAAGUCUAAAACCAUUGCUCUCGUCUGUUUUGCAGGCAUCACAUUCUGUACCUUUCUGGUCUGGACCUGUGUUCACCAGGACCAUGGCCACUCUCAAUCAGAUGCAUCGUAAGGGCAGACCUCCCCCGCUUCAGCCAAAAAUCAGUGCCACUUAUGGGCAUCCACAACUCAAAGCAGUAGUUCUGAAGACCAUGAUCAGGAAACCCAAGAAGCCCAACUCAGCCAACCGCAAGUGUGCACGAGUACGGCUGUCCAAUGGUCAAGAAGCUGUCGCGUACAUCCCUGGAGAAGGACACAACCUCCAGGAGCACAAUGUGGUGCUGAUACAAGGAGGGAGAACACAGGACUUACCAGGGGUUAAAAUAAAAGUGGUCAGGGGCAAAUAUGACUGUGCACAUGUUGUGAAGAAGAAACAGUAAUUGCUAUAACUGUGUGUAACUGCAUAUAUCUGUAUGACUGUAAUAACUUGAAUGCCAACUAAUAAACUUUGUCUGAAAUGUAUAAUAUUAUGGUCAAGCUCUUGUUCAUACGGAUCUUCCAGUUCAACUGUGAUCUGAUCCUGCAGUGUUAUUUUCACAGAGUUCAAGUAGUUUUUCUUGUUUCGCAAGAAAUGUUAUCUUUGUUGAUCACAUUUGAUAAAAGUAAAAAGUGUUUGUCUUCACUCUUACUAUUACUAUGACAUGUUAAGUAACUAUUAUUCAAAUGAAGUUGCUUAUCCUUUUGUACAAAGUGUCAUCUGC